GGAUGAAAGGAUGUCAUGAAAUGUUACAAGUUACCUAAAAUAUUUAGCAGGUUGAGGUGCCUUUUACACCUGUCAAGUCUAAAGUUCCCUGUCAUCAUGUCCGACACAGAGGAUGUUGGGGUUGAGGAGGAGAAGCCCAAGUUCAAACCAAGUGCACCAAAGAUACCUGAUGGGGAAAAGGUUGACUUUGAUGACAUCCAGAAGAAGCGCCAAAACAAGGACCUCAUUGAGCUGCAGGCCCUGAUUGAUGCCCACUUUGAGCACAGGAAGAAGGAAGAGGAAGAGCUCAUUGCCCUGAAAGACAGAAUCGAGAAACGUAGGUCCGAGAGGGCAGAGCAGCAGAGGAUCCGUGCUGAGAAGGACAAGGAGCGUCAGGCAAGACGUGAGGAAGAGAGGCUGAGGAAGGAGGAGGCUGAUGCUAAGAAGAGGGCAGAUGAAGAUGCCAAGAAGAAGUCUGCCCUGUCUAGCAUGGGCUCCCAGUACAGCAGCCAUCUGCAGAAGGCUGAUUCAAAGAGGGGAGGUAAGAAGCAAACUGAAAGAGAGAAGAAGAAGAAGAUUCUGGCAGACAGACGCAAGCCUCUGAAUGUUGACCAUCUGAAUGAGGACAAGCUGAGGGAGAAAGCUAAAGAGCUGUGGGACUGGAUGUACCAACUGGAGGCUGAGAAGUUUGAGCACAUAGAGAAACUCAAGAGGCAGAAGUAUGAGGUUACUACCCUGCGUAUGAGAGUGGAGGAGCUCAGUAAAUACUCCAAGAAGGGCGCCGCUGCUCGCCGCAGAAAGUAAGCGUUCAUGGAGAAAUCUACGCUCGUGGUCAAGACAUGCCUGCUCCCUGCGUCUCCGAGCUCGGCCUUCAAUCACCAGGCAUCUCUGAUCCCACCCACCUUUUGCAGUUUACCAGAGGCUGUCAAAGGCGAUCUUCCUCACCCUGCGUGACAUUAACACUGUCCGGUCUUAGCAGUAGUUGCAGUAGGAACUUCCCCCCCCUCCCCCCUUGCUGUGUCUUUUGGUUCCCACCUUCCGUUUUUGUAAAUAAUAUUUGGCUCGCCAGCUUUAUCUGUUGCAUCUGGCAGUUCAAUAAAGUUAUUCUUCAAGACUGAUAAACUAGAA